CCACUAUGGAGUUUCUUUUUUUUUUUUUUUUUUUUUUUCACUCUUGCUUCUGACAUCAUUUCCUGAACGCUAUAUUCACCGAGCUCUGUAGCCGGAUCGCCUUUUCAGCAUACGAUGCAAGGAGCUCUUUAAAAUGGAUUUCAGCUCUCCUUUUACUCUGCAGUGCUUGCUGUUGAUAAUAACUGUUACUCAUGGCUCUGUUACCUCAACCGGUGUGCUCAGCGGCGGCUCAGCAGUCUUUUCUGUGGGAAUUCAAAGUCUGCAGAACCUCUCCAAAAUGACCAGGAGGGAUGUGAGGUGCUUCACAGCUGUCUUAAAUGAUACUUUGUUGGCUGAGUGCGGCACUUCUGCCAGAUGCCUGAACUUGCAGAAUGGCUCCCUAGUGCUGAGGAGUGUGGAUAAAGAGGACGAAGGAAAAUAUGAGUUUGUUUUUCACAACAUCACCAGAUUUUUUACACUGGAAGUAUUUGAGCCAGCCAUUGGUAUCCAGUGCUUCCCUAAUGGGACUGGAGAGCUGUCCUGCGACGUCAGCAGCAAUGAGAGCACCAGCUUUCGGUGGCUCCUGAAUGGCACCGCGCUGAGCGCCCCUGAGGCUUGUGUUAAGGAUGGUGGGAAGAAGGUUCGCCUGGACAAGACCGUUCCCGGGGAGUUUGUUUGUGAGGUUUACCACGGUAACAGUGUCACGAGGACCAGGCCUGUUGUGCUGUCUUGCAGCUAUGGAGACCUGCUGCAGUACCCCUGGUUCAUUUACAUCCUGGCAGGGUGCGCAGGCGGUGCGGUUAUCCUGGUGGUGGUUGUGUCCUCAGUCAUAUGUUGCUGCAUGAAGAGGAAACACAAAUUCAUCCCUGUGCCUUCAGAGGAGGAGAAGGAUGAUGGACUAAUCAUGUCCGUGGUCUCCAGUGAAGGUGUGAAGAGCCCCCCCAACGGAGACCAUGUGGAGGCUCAAGCCGCCCAAAUCGACUGCCCUCCGAAACCUGAUGCUGCCCAGACUGGUCAAGGUGUUGAGCCCCAGCCGUUGGUGGAAGAAAACUUAGCAGUGGAGAUAGAGCCUGAGGAAAUGCCAGACCCAGAGGUCAUAGUUGAUGUGGAAAGCCAGGAAAAUGCCUCGGACUGUUUCCCGGAUCCAACUGAUGACUGAUCUGGCAUGCUUGCUGUUCCCUACCCUCUCUUGAAGCCUACGACACCUGUCCUUUGCAUCCCAUAGUCUCAUUGUGUGUAAGAAUUGGUACAGAAAAUUUUGUCAGGGAAAAGACGUGAGGUGUCAGACCUGGUAACCUCAUUUUAAAAAAAAAAAAAAAGGACAAAGAAAAUACAAGGAAAAGCACAUGUGUGGCUUCAAGGCCGCACUGCCGUCAGCUGACAGGUUCACUAACAAACAAAACUGGGCAGCUCUUUGAUGCUUUGCCUGUUAAUAGACCUGCAGCUGAACUGGGGAGCCCUAGAGGACAGCCUGAAAUGAGGUGGGUGGUUCCUUCUGCGCCCUGCCCACCCCACGCCUUGCCAUGCCUUUGCCCAUCGGCGGUUCCUGCCAGGGACAGGCACAACAGGCAGACUGAGGUGGCCUGCCGGUCCCAGACAGAAACAAAGACCUGCCAGACAUUUCCUGAGAAAGUCUCUUCUCAGGAGAUUUCAAGGCAUCUUUCACAGGCCCUGUAAAUAAAAAGAAAGCCCGGUGGAGUUUUCGGCUAGGUAUCUGCUGUGCCGGGUGUUGAUCUGAAUCACUCCUCUGAGCUCCUGACCCUUCGUGAUUUGGCCCUCACCGCUUUGCUGCCUGGGGUCGGGAGUGGUGGUAGGGGCUGCUGCCUGCAGACCCCGGGAGGUGACGCUGGCUGGCCGGCCUUUUGCUGCCCUGUAAUGGCAGGGGGCUACCGGUUUUACCUUUUGCCAGAACCUAACUGCUCGGGUUGCCAGUGAGUUAAAACAGCUCUGUCGCUAGCUUGCUUGCUUGCAGCAGAAGGGUGCUUCGGGCUUGGGUGUGUAAUUUUGGCAGAAACGUUGAUUAUAAUGCUGAGAUGGUUCAUCAGUGCAAGCGUUAGUGCCUUUAGUGUAAUGAUGUAGCUACUACAAGCUGAUAAAGCUGGCCAUCUGCCUGCGCGUGUAGGCUUUUUCAGCGCUGUGCGAUCUGCACAGACAGUAGCAAUUUUUAGAGUCUCUUAGGCAAGUCUUGCUGCUAUGCACGUCCUGUUCUGCUCAGGGGAGGUUUGCGAGUGGAGCAGCUGGGGUAGACCUGCAGGGGAGAAGGACGAGGCGAGGGCAAGGACUCGGUCCCAGGCAGCAGGUAGCUGAGUCCCUGGCGAAGCUGCCAGGAGCUGCAGGGCUGUCGGGCCACAAGGGAGGGCUGCAGGAUGCACUGCCAGAGCAAGGUAUUUACUGUGUAAGUGCAUUUUGGUAGUCGGAAGUGAGGUGCGUUGGUGUUAAACUAGCCUAAUGGACUAGAAAGGCGCGGUAGAGUAAAAGCAGAGGUGGUACAGAUCGAGGACGAAAGGGAUGGGGAGAUGUGUAUUGCAUUCCUCUCUUCCCUUGUCAUUUUGUCCCUGUUUUAUAUUGUGCUGACAUUGUGCCAUGAAUGCCUUGGCAAUGGAUUUGAGGUGUGCCUUGUAAAUGCCACCCAGCGAGGUCUGCACGUACCCCGUCAAAAUCAAACCCGAGCUGGACGCUUCUCUCCCAGGCGGGGGAGCUGCAUGCUUACCUGCAAGGCCUUCGUGUCUGUGUACAUGGCAAAGCUCUGCAUCGGUGACGCCCAGCCAUAGGUGGUUGCUCUUGUUGUUUCCUUGUCCUGUGACUCUGUUUAGAAGAUUUUUGGAUCUUGUGUGCUGUGUUUGGCGGUGAUUUCAGCCUGUCUCUGCUUUUUAAGGCUGCCGUAGGAAGCAGAUUUUCCACGGUAAGAGGGAGAUAAUAAUUCUUUUCCUCACGGUGCUGCGCUAUCUCCUUUCAGUACAAACAUUCCUCAAAGGUUGUGAGUUGAAUGACAGAAACGUGACGCCGAGGGCUUGGGGUGGCAGCUGCCUGUAGGCAGCACAGUGGCAGCGACGCUGGGUGAACAGGGGCCAGCGUCACCGAAAUGGAGGAACUUAGUCAGCUUUGCUUCUCUUCUGCACUUUCCGGCAGGGGCAGGCAGGGGACAGUCGACUCCAGUACAUGCUUCGAAGGCUGAAUGGUGCUCUGAGCUGCACCAGAGCAGAUGCCAGUGUUUUGGAUGCUGAGGGUGACAGAGCUGGGCCAGUCUUGUCCUGCUGGGCUGGUGUAUCCUGACUCCAGGUUGCCCUAGUGCUGGCUUGCUGCUGCCAGCCCCGUGAGGGUCUGGGGUGCCCUGGCAGCUGUUAGCACCAACAGUGGUGUAACCCCAGUCUGGGAAGGCUUUUUCCCAUUGAGAUGAGAAUCUGAGACUCGAGAAGUCUUUAUGAGGCAGAUAGGACAUGGCUGGUUUUCUGUCCAUCCAUGCUGAAGGUGCCAUUCAGCCACAGGGCAAAGGUUUCUGCUAUCGUGAGGUCAGGAGAGAAGUUGUGCAGCCUGUGCUCUUCCUUCAGCUGUAUGUGUUUGUGCCCAGCUAUUGUUCUUUUUCAGUGGUUUUUUUUUUCUUUCUUUCUCUUUUCCCUGCAAUGACUUUGUUCCUAAUAAAAAGAUCUGUUUUCUAACUUGUU